AUGCGGCUGCCAUGUACCCCUAGCCGUGCACUAAACCGAGUGCGAACACCAUUGGCGUUCGCCCGCAGUGGGCAGAGACACUUUCUCCAUUCCUCGACGUAUGAUGCCGCGGUGAUUGGGGGUGGCAUCACGGGCCUCACUACGGCCUACCGACUUUCGAAAGACCCCAACUGUUCUCGGGUCACUCUGUACGAAAAGUCGGAUGAUGUAGGGGGCUGUCUACAGUCAGAGACGAUCCCCGUCGAUGGUGGACAUGUGGUGUUUGAAUACGGUCCGCGGACCUUGAGGACGACAGUGCCGAAUUGCCUCCCGAUGGUCGACUUGCUGGUCGAUCUAGACGUACUGGACGAUGUUGUUGCUACAAGCAGGACUGCCCCCGCCUCCCUUAAUCGUUACAUAUACUAUCCCGACCAUCUUGUUCGCGUGCCGGCGCCCAACCCUAAAAACGGCAUUUUCGGAAACCUCAGGGAGCUGGCCUAUACUUUGUUUAGAGAGCCAGCGUUCAAGGGCCUUGUUCCGAGCGUAUUCGUUGAACCAAGCAUCCCAGCGCCGCAGCCCAAGAAAGCAGACGAGUCUGUCGCGGACUUCAUCUCGCGCCGAUUCGCACCAGAAGUGGCUGAUAAUUUAGCCUCGAGCGUCUUCCACGGAAUUUACGCUGGCGAUAUCGAUCGCUUGAGUGCGCAGACACUCUUGGGCACCUACCGGGAUUUUGAAUACCACAAGGAUGGAGUGGGCGUGAUAGUCCGUGCUAUGGAGUCUAGCAGGACAAAGAUUAGACAUAUGUCUAUGGAUGAUAUAUUGGCUGUGGAAGUGGCUCUCCAGGACAAGCCGAGCUCAUACUUGAAUGAUUUACAGCAACUGGUCCGUGGUGCCUCUGUUUUAACUUUUAGGAACGGCUUAGGCCAGCUCUCCGAUGCCUUGGUUACCGCGUUGACCAGGUCCAACAAGGUUGACAUUUUGACGGGCACGGAAGUCAAGGCGAUGCACCAGAAUGCCCAGACGUCGGACAUCACGAUCUCUCCUGGACAUGGUCCAUCGACAGUUCACAAUCGUGUGAUCUCCACCAUCCCGCCUCCUCAUCUCGCACGCGCACUACGCCAGACCACGGGAAAGGACCAGGUGCUAUCCCAGAGUACCAUCCGAAGUCUUGAGGAGCACAACUAUGCAGUGACGGUCAUGGCCGUCAAUCUCUACUACGAAAGAAAGGAUCUGCUCCCCGUGCAAGGUUUCGGCUACCUUAUCCCACGGUCGAUCCCCUAUGAACAGAACCCCGAGAGGGCAUUGGGGGUGAUAUUUGGAUCCGAGACGAGUAUUGGCCAAGAUACCGCCCCCGGCACCAAGCUCACGGUGAUGAUGGGUGGGCAUUGGUGGGACGACUGGAUAGAAUCGGACUACCCGGAUCAUGACACCGCGGUCCAGAUGGCCCGUCAACUGCUUCACAGACACCUCGGGAUCACCGAUACCCCCGCCGUAGCACGAAGUCGCCUGCAGCGGGAUGCUAUCCCCCAAUAUACCGUCGGCCACCUGUCCCGCAUGGAGGAGCUCUCCCGAUCGACGCGACACGAAUUCAAGAACCGGCUAAGCCUUGCCGGAAACUGGUAUAAUGGCGUGGGCGUGGUCGAUUGCAUUCGUCAGGCGUAUCUUACAGCCUCAUGGGGAGUCGGUGCGCAGCGGAGGGUCGAGGGCGACGCCAACCGUCCUUGGGGGAAAUUUGACUACGAAAAUUCAUCCUUGGAAGGUGGCAUCGUCACAUCUUCUUCUCGACUCGCUAGACCCUACGUGUCCAAGUAUCGAAGUACAUUCUGA